AACAAAGCUUAAAAGGAAGAAACUUUAAACGGGAAUGGAGGGUCUUCUUCUCUGAGAGCCUCUGCGUCUCUCUCAAACCACCACCACCACCACCACCACCACAUUCUCUUCUCCGAUUUCAAUUUCACGGCUCUCUCUCAGGCAAGUUAACGGAGACGUAGACGGAGUUAGGGUUUCGUUUUUGAAUGAGCUCUGUGCUUCGCUGAUUUGGGAAAUCAAUGGCGUCAGUUUAUAUACCGGUGCAGAAUUCGGAGGAGGAGGUUAGGGUUGCUCUCGAUCAGCUUCCUAGGGACGCUUCGGAUAUCCUCGAUAUCCUCAAGGCCGAGCAAGCCCCUCUCGAUCUCUGGCUCAUUAUCGCGAGAGAGUAUUUCAAGCAAGGGAAACUAGAACAGUUUCGCCAGAUUUUGGAGGAGGGGUCUAGUCCUGAGAUUGAUGAGUAUUAUGCGGAUGUUCGGUACGAGAGGAUUGCUAUUUUGAAUGCAUUAGGGGCCUAUUACAGCUACCUUGGAAAGAUUGAGACGAAACAGAGAGAAAAGGAGGAGCAUUUCAUUUUAGCCACACAGUUUUACAAUAAAGCAUCGAGAAUAGACAUUCAUGAGCCUUCUACAUGGGUUGGGAAAGGUCAGCUUUUACUGGCCAAGGGUGAAGUAGAUCAGGCAUUUAAUGCGUUCAAGAUUGUAUUAGAUGGAGACCGUGAUAACGUCCCUUCCCUUUUGGGUCAGGCAUGCGUUGAGUUUAAUCGUGGGCAGUAUUCUGAUUCAUUGGAGCUGUACAAGAGAGCCCUGCAAGUGAAUCCCAAUUGUCCUGCGGCUGUGAGACUUGGCAUUGGUCUCUGUCGUUACAAAAUGGGUCAAUUUGAAAAAGCUUGGCAGGCAUUUCAGCGGGUUUUACAGGCAAAUCCUGAAAAUGUUGAGGCUCUUGUUGCUCUUGCAAUUUUGGAUUUGCAUACUAAUGCAGCUGCUGGAAUAAGGAAAGGAAUGGAAAAAAUGCAGAGAGCUUUUGAGCUAUACCCUUAUUGUGCAAUGGCCUUAAACUAUCUGGCAAACCAUUUUUUCUACACUGGUCAGCACUUUUUAGUUGAGCAACUUACUGAGACUGCACUUGCUGUCACCAACCAUGGACCAACAAAGUCGCAUUCCUACUACAAUUUAGCACGAUCUUACCAUAGCAAGGGGGACUAUGAUAAGGCAGGAGUGUACUACAUGGCAUCUGUCAAGGAAAUCAGUAAACCCCAAGAAUUCAUAUUUCCUUAUUAUGGUUUGGGACAAGUACAACUGAAGAUGGGAGAUCUUAAAAGUUCACUGUCGAACUUUGAAAAGGUCUUGGAGAUUUACCCUGAUAACUGCGAGACACUGAAAGCUCUUGGUCACAUAUAUGUUCAGCUUGGGCAGACAGGGAAGGCAUUGGAAUUUAUGAGGAAGGCUACAAAAAUUGACCCAAAUGAUGCCCAGGCAUUUCUUGAUCUGGGAGAAUUAUUGAUUUCAUCUGAUGCUGUAGCAGCUCAGGACUGCCUAAAAACUGCACGUAAUCUUUUGAAGAAGGGAGGUCAGGAGGUACCAAUCGAUGUUCUUAACAAUCUUGGGGUACUUCAUUUUGAAAGGGGAGAAUUUGAGCUUGCUCAACAAACUUUCAGAGAGGCACUAGGUGAUGGAAUAUGGGUGGCCUUCAUUGAUGGUAAAGAAAAAGCCCCAUCUAUUGAUGAUGAUGCAUCUAUUUUUCAAUACAAGGACAUGCAAAUAUUCCAUCAACUUGAGAAAGAAGGUCACUUAGUCGAAUUACCUUGGAAUAAAGUCACAACACUAUUUAACCUUGCCAGACUACUUGAGCAAUUACACAACACUGAAACGGCAAGCAUAUUUUACCGUUUGAUUUUGUUCAAGUAUCCAGACUAUGUAGAUGCUUAUCUGAGACUUGCUGGCCUUGCAAAAGCUCGAAAUAAUUUACAACUAAGCAUUGAACUGGUUAAUGAUGCACUGAAGGUGAAUAACAAGUCCCCAAAUGCAUUAUUGAUGCUUGGUGACUUGGAAUUAAAAAAUGAUGACUGGGUUAAGGCAAAAGAGACCUUUCGGGCUGCUAGUGAAGCAACUGAGGGAAAGGAUUCCUAUGCCACUCUUUCUCUGGGAAACUGGAACUAUUUUGCUGCAAUUCGCAAUGAGAAAAGAAAUCCCAAGUUGGAAGCUACACAUCUGGAAAAAUCAAAAGAACUCUACACUAAAGUCCUGGCUCAACAUUCUGCUAAUUUAUAUGCUGCCAAUGGUGCUGGAGUGAUCUUUGCAGAGAAGGGUCACUUUGAUGUUUCAAAAGACAUUUUUACACAGGUUCAAGAAGCUGCCAGUGGGAACAUUUUUGUUCAGAUGCCUGAUGUAUGGAUAAAUUUGGCACAUGUUUAUUUUGCUCAAGGCAAUUUUCCCUUGGCUGUGAAAAUGUAUCAAAACUGCUUGAGGAAGUUCUUUAACAACACGGACUCUCAGAUCCUACUGUAUAUAGCUCGUACACAUUAUGAAGCGGAGCAGUGGCAAGACUGCAAAAAAACUUUAAUGAGAGCCAUUCACUUGGCACCUUCAAACUACACAUUUAGGUUUGAUGCAGGUGUUGUGAUGCAAAAGUUCUCAGCUUCAACCUUACAAAAACCAAAAAAAUCUGUGGAUGAGGUCCGGUCAACAGUUGCAGAGCUAGAAAAUGCUGUUCGUUUAUUUAGACAACUGUCUGCUGCUUCCAGCCUUCACUUUCAUGGGUUUGAUGAGAAAAAGAUUGACACUCAUGUUGAGUACUGCAGCCACUUGCUUGAGGCUGCAAGAGUUCAUUUAACAGCAGCUGAGCAUGAAGAGCAGAAGGUUCGGCAGAAACAAGAACUUGCUCGUCAGAUGGCAAUUGCUGAGGAAGCCCGUCGUAAGGCUGAAGAACAGAGGAAGUUCCAGUUGGAGAGGAGAAUGCAAGAGGACGAACUAAAGCGAGUGAGACAACAGGAGGAGCAUUUUGAGCGCAUAAAGGAGCAAUGGAAGAGUAGUACAUCUGGUUCUAAGCGAAGGCCUUCAGAUAUGGAUGAUGAGGACGGCGGGCAUAGUGAAAAGAGAAGGAGAAAAGGUGGAAAGAAGAGAAAGAAGGACAAGUACUCAAGGUCGCGUUAUGAAACGGAGGAAGCAGAAGCUGAGCAGAUGGACUAUCAGGAAGCACCGGAAAUUGAAGAUGCUAACACAAACUACCAGGAGUCCCCAGGUCAUACGAAUGAGCAGGAUGAUGAAGAGAAUGCUCAAAAUCCUCUUGAAGCAGCUUUUGGCAUUGAAGAUUCUGAUGUUGAGGAUGAGGUUGCACCUGCAGGUCGACGGAGGCGGGCAUGGUCGGAAUCCGAUGAUGAUGAUGAGCAGCAAGAGAGGCAGCCGGAGUCCAGUCCUAGAAGAGAAAAUUCUGCAGAUGUUCAGAGUGAUGGAGGAGAAGGUGGUGAUAAGCCGAAUGGGGAUCUUGAUGAUGAGGAUUAAUCUCCAUCAUCUUAAACUGUACUAGAUCAGGAGUAAAUAUGUGCAAUUUUGAACAACUUAUUUCUUUUAACAUGAGGGCCUGAGCCAUUAGCUGAGAAUAACUACAUUAUUUUAUUGGUGUUUGUGGUCCUCAUGUUUAUAUUUUGUACCUCUAAAACUCAAUAGUAAUAGAAGCUUCAUUCCUUUC